AGUGACUAACCUAUCGGUUUGACCAUACCUAGUCAUGUUUUGAUAGACUGGAAACAUUUGUAAGAUCUUUUGUUGAAUUUGCGCAAUAAAUUGAGCGUGGCUCAAGCAUCCUGGAUGCACCAUGGUGUACAUCGACCAUAAUGGGCGCGUGUGGGAGAAGCGGCCUUGGGACUGGCGACGGAUAGUGGAGCUGUUUGUGGGGAUAUGGUUCGCCAUCAAACAACUAUUCGUGACCUUCCUGGCUCCUUUCACAGCCACCGAUAACCAAUCCAACCAACGUCGCGGUAAUGGCUGGGGUAGUGGUGGAGGAGGCGGUGGCGGAGGGGGAGGAGGUGGAGGUGGCGGAGGAGGAGGAGGAGGAGGUGGAGGAUUGAGACCAAACCGCAGAAUAGGACGCAUACAGCCGUCAAUGAGCUGCAAUAUACCUGCGGGAGGCGGAUGACGAUAGUAGCGACAUCCAGUCCCACACUUGUGGGCGGAUGUCGCGCCGACUUAGGACUGUCCACGUCAAGCAUAACCCCAGAACCUACCCAGAAAUCACGAUCUGUCCCGCCCCAGUGGCACUUAUGACGCAGCCCUCCUAAACUCGGACUCGAGCGGAGCACUGCCGAAAGAUGGAUCGAUGAUUUCUGAGUCCGCUGCUUACGUGGCCGUCGUCGGUUUACAUUGUACUAGCUCCAAUAUAGUUACAGGUUUUUACAAUCGUCUUUCAGGUUAUUUAUAAGAAACCUAAUAAUGUCUAGUAACGGAAAGUACAAUUUUAACAUUCAAAGUAACAGUAACAAUAGAAAUAUGUUGUUUUUCUGGUAAAAUAAAUAAAUAAAAACCAACUAUAUAUUUUGCAA